AUGAAAAAAGAUCGUGGAUAUUCUGAAGAGUGUUUCACAGUGGUUGAAGAUGUCCCUAUUUCAGCUGUUGCAUGGAAAGACAACAAGGUAGUACACGUAUCCUCAACUUUUGUAGGCGAACUCGAAAAAAAUGUAGUGAGUAGAUUUGACAAAAAAAAAAAGACCACCGUUAUUGUACCUAGGCCGAAAAUCAUUGAAGUUUACAAUAAACAUAUGGGUGGGGUUGACCUUAUGGAUUCUAUGAUUGGGCGCUAUAGAAUAAUAAUGAGGUCUAAGAAAUGGUACAUGAAAAUUUUUUACCAUUUAGUUGAUAUGUCGAUUGUAAACGCGUGGAUGUUGUAUAAAAAAGUUACAAAAAAACCAAUGAAACUAGCUCAAUUUCGAGAGCAAUUAGCUGUGGAACUUUGUCAAACAGAAAUAGAAAUAAAAAAAAAAAGGCAGAAAAACAAAGGAAUCGUUGGAAAAACAAAUGUUGGAGGAGCUUGA